AUGCAUCACAAUAUUCUCUCUCUCUCUCUCUCUCUCUCUCUCUCUUUAUGCAGUUUUGUAGAAAGGUUUCUGCCUUUUGCCCUCCUCCUCCUCCUUUCUCAUUUUACCUGUUUGUUCUCCCCUCAUAAUCAAUGUUACCUGCAGUCUCUCUACCUUACUCUUCCCUCUGUCUAUUCUCCUCUCUCUUUUCCUACUUCCUAUCAUCCUGCUACUCAUUCUGUAUUUUCUCCUCCCCUUCUCCCUUUUCUUUUCCUUCUUUAUUUUCAUCUACAGCCACGUUUCUUCUUCUCUUCAUGCUCUUCCUUAUCUCUCAUACAACUCCUUCCCAUUUUCUUCCCCUCUCUUAUAUUCUUUACUUACUCUCUGCUAUUUAUCACGCUUUGUGCAUCUUUAUCUUCUCCUGCUUCCUUUACUUCUCUUUCCUUUCCCUAUUUAUUCUCUUCCUCUAUUUCCUUCCUUUUUUUCUUUUCUUCUUCUCUGUUCUUUCUGAUCUUUUUCAAAUCAUUAUUCACUUUCCUUUCUUCUCUCUUCUUUAGUUUUACCUUCUUUUAUAUCUCUUUGUUCUUGUCUUUCUUCCAAUUUCUUCUUCCUUUCUUUCUAUUUAACUUUCUUUCACUUCAGCUUUCUUCUACUUGUCUCUAUUCUUUAGCAUUCAUAUUCUUCCCUUUCUUUCUUUCUUUCUUUCUUUCUUUCUUUCUUUCUUUCCAUUUCACCCAAGCAGAUGUUAAGCACCUAAUAGAAUUAAUGUUUUCUCCAGCUUCCCUUUCUUUCUUUCUUUCUUUCUUUCUUUCUUUCUUUCUUUCUUUUUCUUUCUUUCUGCUUCCUUAUUUCCAUUUCACCCAAGCAGAUCUUCCCUUUCUUUCUUUCUUUCUUUCUUUCUUUCUUUCUUUCUUUCUUUCUUUCUUUCUUUCUUUCCAUUUCACCCAAGCAGAUGUUAAGCACCUAAUAGAAUUAAUGUUUUCUCCAGCUUCCCUUUCUUUCUUUCUUUCUUUCUUUCUUUCUUUCUUUCUUUCUUUCUGCUUCCUUAUUUCCAUUUCACCCAAGCAGAUCUUCCCUUUCUUUCUUUCUUUCUUUCUUUCUUUCUUUCUUUCUUUCUUUCUUUCUUUCCAUUUCACCCAAGCAGAUCUUCCCUUUCUUUCUUUCUUUCUUUCUUUUCUUUCUUUCUUUCUUUCUUUUCUUUCUUUCUUUCUGCUUCCUUAUUUCCAUUUCACCCAAGCAGAUGUUAAGCACCUAAUAGAAUUAAUGCUUUCUCCAGCUUCCCUUUCUUUCUUUUUUUCUUUCUUUCUUUCUUUCUUUCUUUCUUUCUUUCUUUCUUUCCAUUUCACCCAAGCAGAUGUUAAGCACCUAAUAGAAUUAAUGUUUUCCCUUUCUUUCCAUUUCCAUUUCACCCAAGCAGAUGUUAAGCACCUAAUAGAAUUAAUGCUUUCUCCAGCUUUUUUCUUUCUUUCUUUCUUUCUUUCUUUCUUUCUUUCUUUCUUUCUUUUAUUUCCAUUUCACCCAAGCAGAUUUAAGCACCUUUAA